UAGUGAUUUCGGAAAUUAUCGUCGGCAAUGGAGUCAUAUUUUUGCUUAUCAAAUUUUGAUUAUAUUUUUGUUGGAAAUUCGCCAAAAUUAUGUCGUUUGUUUAUCGUUUCUCAUUCUGGUCGCAGUCAUUGCAGAAAAGCCUCGGUCGUUUGACAAAAUUCGCCUGAGAAUAUUAUUGUUUGCAAAUUCUUUGUCGCCGACCCUGGAGACAUCUUGUGAUAAAAAGGCAUCAUUGCAGCAAGACUCGCUGUCCGAUUUUGUCUUCACGUGAAACGUUAGGAGAAAUAAAUUGCUGGUGCUACGUAACGGUCCGCAAUCAUGGAUGUGUCGUGGGACGCAGAUAAUUUUGAGCCUAAACUUCCGACCACGUUGACUUCGUCGAACAAAUGGGAGGGCGAAGACGAGGAAGAGAUCGUCAAGGAAAGCUGGGAAGAUGAAGAGGAAGAAAAGAAAGAUGAGGAGAAAAAAGAACUCCCUGCUCCCCCUACAAAGCCUAAAAAGAAAAUAGCUGAAAAAAUAGCAGAGAAAGAGCGUCUAGAGCGUGAGAAGGCAGAACGCUUGGCAUCAGAGAAGGCCGAGGCUGAGAUGACACCAGAGCAGAGGGCAGCUGAGAAACUCCGUCAGCAAAAACUUCAGGAGGAAUCUGAUCUCCGACUGGCCCUGGAAACAUUUGGUAUCACGGACGGUGCAGUUGGAAAAAUAGAUACAUUUGUACCGACAACAAAAGCAGAGUUCACCGAGUUUGCGGACAUGCUCAGCAAAAAGAUCUGCAUGUUCAAAGCAAGGGAGGAGUUUCCCGGCUUUGUAGAAGACCUCUUUAGGAAUAUUGUUGCUCAUAUGCAAUCGGCCGACAUAAAGAGGAUAAAGCUGUCAGUAGACAAUUUGUACAUCGAGAAACAAAAAGCAGAGAAGAAUGACAAAGCGAAGAAGCCUACGAAGGGCAAAGGGAAGGCCAAGUUAAAACUCGACAGCGACAACGCUCAUCUGAAUCCCGAAGUAUACGGCAACUUCGAUGACGACUACGACGAUUUCAUGUAAAAAUCACGCGUUUACUCUACCACUCUCGAACUGUCUUCACUCGCUUAUGACACCUUUAUAACACUUGUAACGUUAUAAGAGACAAUUUGUACUGUUCUUUAGACAUUUUCUGUGUAUAAUAUACCCAGAGAUAACAGAGUUAUAGGAACAGAAUCUUAUUGCAAUUUCGAAAUGUAAUUAUAAGCGCGAAAUAUCCAUUCUAAGUCGUGUUAUCUGUAAUAUUCAGUAAGAACAGUGAUAAGGUUAAAGAGUUGUAGAGUAACCCGGUACUUGGUUUCCGAACGAAAUUUCUUAAAAGGCCUUUUUAUUUGAGCAAUAUGUUUAUUUAAGUCUUAAAUUUUAUACUUAAUGACCACAUAUUUUAAAUUUAUGCUCACCCCUAAUCGUAUAUGCUUCCUUAUUGACUAAACUAUUUAUUGCUCCUAAUAAAAAGGCUCGUAUGUUUAAAUUAUUUGUGUAUUUUUUUAAUUUGUGCAGUCUAAUGUUUUGUAUAUCGCGCGAGAUAUCAUUUUUUUUUGUACUAACUAGGUCUUUGCGUCUUACUAGGGAUCCCAUUUAUUGUCAUGAGUGAGUGAAUGAGUUAAAUCGUUUGUAAUUCGUAUACUAAUUAUUCGCCUUUUAUCUAAAUGUGAUGAAUGAAAAGUGAGUACUAAAUCCAAAUGAUUGUACGCCUCUGUCUAAUGCGUCGCUUUUUCUCAUUCGUUCAUGAGUGAAUGGUAAUGAAUGAAGAUUUUGGAAAAUCACAAUGGCCGAGUACUAGUGUAUGUUCGGAAACCAUUUACCUCCCUGCCAUGUAAAGUAUAAUAUAUACAUACUUAUUAUGCAACAAUGUAAUAUAAAGUCGUUUCAUUCUACGGUUACGGUCCGAUGUUAUGUUAUAUAGAAUAAUAAAUUUUUUAUUGUGAUA